AUGAAAAGAUAUUGCGAAGGACUGUUCAAUCCAACUUCCGGCUGCGUUGUGGAAAUCUACAGAAAUAGCCUGUUGGAAGAAACGGACACUGCUCUUUUGCGUUAUCGAAAGCCAUUUGGUUACGCUGAAAUUACGAUGCAGUCGGUCGAAGAAAAUAUUUUACAGCGGAUGGAAGACGGUGUUUGCUUUACGAACAUCCCGUUUCGGCAAAUCCAUCUCCAAGGGCCCGUGCUGCCGAAAUUAAAGGUUGCAUUCCGUCUGCUCCAGCGCGAGUCGUCGUUUCAGCUCGAGCCCGCAACAAUCGGGCAGCUAUUGUCCAUUGACGUCGUCUCCCUGCUCAAUCUUCGAAUGGGCAACUCCUCCGGGAGGCGAAAAGGACGAAGAGAUCAAGUUGAAGAUGCUCCGUAUCCCACCGACAGCGCCGUGUCAGACUUACUAGCGAGAGCGUACGAAGAACAGAGCGGUCAACCCGGACGCGACCUGGUCCGUGAUCUAUCUCCUUCACCAAGUCAGCUUCGCCGCGCAUCGCUCAACGAACAUGAGCGACAACAGAGAGCUCUUAUGAGAAUGUCCGCAGAUCUUCUAGCGGAAAGAAAACACAGCAAAGAUAGAGAAACUCUCGAAGAUCAAAAAUUCGAGCUUGAAGAACAGCUCAACCGCAUGCAACGCGAUUUGCAGCUCAGACAUACGCUGGUUCACGAUGGGCUGGAGGGUGCUGCGCCGGAUGAAAUUGCUUCGCGUUUUAUGGUUAUGCGCGAAAAGUACAAGACAAGUUUGGCAGCAAACGAGAAGCUAAAAGAAAAACUGCGGGAAGUUUCGGACUCGAUAACACGCGGAGAAGGGCAGAAAAACAACCUGCUUAAUGAGCUAAAGCGUGCUUCGGAUCAGUCAGACAAACAUCUUGAAGAGCUCAACCGGAUGUCAAGAAGGCUAAAAGACCAGAAGAAACUGGAAGACCUGUGCAAAGAGCAAGAGAGGAUCAUUUCAAAGCUAGAAGAAUUAUUUGCCAAAACGAGGGUCAACGUUGAUACCAGAUGGAAAGACGACGUGGACCGGCUGAUGCACGCGACCAAAACCAGAGAAAAGUACACUCCUGGGAACUACGCUUUGCCGCAAUAUUCUGCUGUCCCUGGACUCGCUCCGCCCAAUUCAAAAGCUCUUCCUGGCUAUCACAUGCAAGAGGAAAUCGAGACGGAGAGGAUGAGAACGGCGAUGCUCGAACGACAGAUCAACGAAAUGGCGAGGGAACACGCGAGGGAAAAGCAGGAUCUUGUCAACAGAAUUGAGGAAAUCAGAACCGGCUACGCACCACCUCGAGUUCCUUCAAGAUUCCCAGAAAUUGGCGGAAACGGACCAGCUGGCGACACACGAUCGAAGCCUGGGCUCGGCAACCUGUGUAGAAAACCUGAGUCAGGGUUGCCGAGCCCAGAUCCAAGCCUUUUGAUCUGGGAGACCCUUAUGGAAGACGAUAUUGAAUGA